UUAUAUACGAAUCACAAGAUUUCAAACACUCUUUACUUCCCUAACUCCGAGUUAACUCUCUGGUUUUGCUAGCAGAAGAACCACACAGCAGAGCAAUUACUGUUAAUGGUUUUGUUAAGAUGCAGAAACUUGGCAAUAUGUUCACUGAAUCAUCAUUUUACUCACUGCUUUCCUUCCCUCUCCUCUUCAUCAUCACUAGCGGUUCACCAACACCCACAGAACGAUCUUUUGCGCUGCAACUCAAGGAUUCGAGAGUUACUGAGAAACAGGAGAGUAGAAGAUGCUCGAAGUGUGUUCGAAGAAAUGGCUCAAAGAAAUUCCAUUACUUGGAAUUCUAUGAUUACCGGGUAUUUUCGAAAUGGACAAGUUGAAGAAGCAAAAUCACUCUUUGAUAAUUUUUCUGGGAAAAACAUUAGAACUUGGACAACUAUGGUUUCUGGGUACGCGAACAAUGGUAAACUUGAAGAUGCUCGGCGAGUAUUUAAUUCGAUGCCGGAAAGAAAUGUAGUUAGUUGGAAUGCUAUGAUUAAUGGGUAUGCUAAAUAUGGUGAUUUGAAGUCAGCUAGGAUUUUGUUUGAUGGAAUGCCAGAAAGAGAUGCCGAGUCAUGGAAUACGAUGAUAACUGGGUAUAGUCAUUGUGGUUUGUUGAGAGAAGCUCGUGAGUUAUUCGACCAGAUGCAAAAUAAGGAUAUAGUGUCAUGGUUGGUGAUGAUUUCUGGGUAUGUUCGUAGUAAUGAUCAUGUUGAAGCAUGGAAUAUGUUUUCGAAGAUGCAUCAUGGUGGUGUGAGACCUGAUCAGUCCAUUUUUGUUGUUACUCUUUCUUCUAUAACAGGAUUGAAUAGUCGAAUGUUGAUUGCGAUUCUGCGGACAGUAGCUAUCAAGACAAGUUUUGAGGGAGAUGUGAAAGUGGGUACUGCGAUAAUGAAUGCCUAUACAAAAGCUGGAAAUCUAGAGCUUGCUUUGGAUUUUUUCAAGAUCAUGCCUCAAAGAAAUGAAUUUACUUGGACCACGAUCAUUGCAGCGUUGUCUAAAAGCGGAAGAUUACAAGAUGCUAUUUCUAUGUACAAUCAAGCUCCAGAGAAAAAUGUUCCUACCCAAACUGCACUGAUGACUGCAUUUGCACAGCAUGGGAAAAUCCAUGAAGCUAGACGUAUUUUUGAAGAAAUAAAAAAUCCAAAUGAGAUCACUUGGAACACAAUGGUUACUGGAUAUGCACAGAAUGGGAUGCUUGAAGAGGCAGGUAUGGUUUUUCGAAGGAUGCCUGUUAGGAAUAUAGAAUCAUGGGCAACCAUGAUUUCUGGGUUGUCACAGAAAGGACAGAGUGAAGAAGCUUUGAAUCUGUUAGCUGAGCUUCAUAGAUCAGGAAUGGUGCCAAAUCACUCCACUUUCACUAGCUCUCUUUAUGCCUGUGGCAAUAUUGAAUCUCUUGAGAUGGGUAGACAAAUCCAUACUCUUACUGUUAAAACAGGUUGCCAGUUCAACUCAUAUGUAGGAAACGGAUUGAUCUUGAUGUAUGCAAAGUGCAGAAACAUGGAAGAUGUCCAUCAGGUUUUCAAUACGAUGAGAGUUAAAGAUAUUGUAUCUUGGAACACCAUGGUAUCAGUCCUUUCUCACAAUGGCAAGUUGGUUGAUGCGCGUACUGCUUUCGAGAAAAUGCCCCAACGUGAUAUUGUUUCUUGGACUGCUAUGAUAUCUGGAUAUGCACAAGCAAGACUUGGGUAUCUUGCAUUCGAACUUUUUCUUGACAUGUUUGCAUCAGGAGUCAAUCCAGACCAGUCAUGUCUAACUGUCCUUCUUAGAACAUGUGCGGACUUAGGUGUGGCGAAGCUCGGUAAACAAAUCCAUGCACUAGUAUUCAAAUUGGGCCUAGAUUUUGGAAUCUCCAUUAGUAAUGCUUUGAUAUUUAUGUAUUUCAAGUGUGGUUGUAAGGACGGAUUUCAAGUGUUUGAUGAGAUGCCUGAUCACGAUGUAGUUUCAUGGAAUUCCAUUCUUGAUGGUUGUGCUGAAAAUGGGUUUGGAAUGAAAGCUGUCGAGCUCUUUGAACAAAUGAAGUCUGAAGGUACAAGGCCUGACCAGAUUAGCUUCGUGAGCAUUUUAUGUGCCUGUAGUCACGCAGGAUUCAUCGACAAAGGCUGGGCUUACUUCAAUUCCAUGAAUAGAGAUUAUGGAAUCAUGCCACUCGAGCCUCAUUAUGCAUGUAUGGUAGAUCUUCUUGGCCGAGCUGGGCACCUUUAUUCUGCCGAGGACUUCAUCAAAAAUAUGCCUAUCGAACCAGACUCCAUUGUGUGGAAAGCUCUUCUUGGUGCUUGUAGGAUUCAUCAAAAUGUGGAACUUGGGCGUAGAGUUGCAGAAAAACUGUUUCAGUUGGAGCCACAGAAUUCAGGCAUUUAUAUCUUAUUAUCGAACAUUUAUGCAUCUGUAGGGAUGUGGAAAGAAGUAGGAGAAAUCCGAACCUUGAUGAGACACCGAGGUGUAAGAAAGGAACCAGGAUUCAGCUGGAUUCAGAUCAAGCACAUAACCAGUUAUUUUGUUAACGGGGAUAAGACCCAUGAUCAAGCAGAAGAGAUUUUUUCGACCUUGCGGGAGUUUGUUGAGCGCCUUAAGGAAUACGGAUAUGUUCCUAAUACGCAUUUUGUUCUUCAUGACAUUGAAGAGGAGCAGAAGGAAAAUGCUCUCCUGUACCACAGUGAGAAACUAGCAAUCGCUUAUGGUAUCUUGAACAUGCCAGAUGGAACUUCAAUUCAGAUUAUGAAGAACCUUCGGAUUUGUGGUGAUUGUCAUACUUUUACAAAGUUCAUGUCUAAAGUUACUGAAAGAGAGAUCAUUAUACGAGAUAAUAAAAGGUUCCACCAUUUCAGAGAUGGCUCAUGUUCUUGUGGAGAUUAUUGGUAAAAAUAUUGUCAUGGGUCUUUGACAAUUAUCAUUGCACCGUAACCAAAAUUAUACCCUGUAAACAUGGUUUAAAUGGCGAAUGCUGAUUCGGGGAAUGAUAUGCUCAUUUCAGUGUGGCUGAGGUGAACCAAAGGAAGAAUACGUUUACUGUCAUAAAAGGGGCUGAAUCUUGCUCAGACAGUGCCAAAAAGGGAUAUGCAGAUACACUGUCAGGCCUUAAGGUUGUAAAACUUGUAUAGUACAGAUGAGAUCGUGGAACCUAUAUUUGUGCUUGGUAAUUUGUAAUCCCCUUUUAUGCUGAUAAUUUAUUCAGAGAGUUUGAGAAGUUAGGGGGAGUUAAUACAGCGGCAGAAAGUUGGCUGAUAUUUUGUGCUAGUUUCCAAUCUAGCAAUCCCAAUUGGUUCUCUCAUGCAAAAUGUUGUACUCAUGAUUUUUCCCAAUUUAUUUUUGAAAGCAUGCCUUUCCAAAUGUCUUUA